CACGGAGCUCUGCGCCGCAACAGUUCACAAGUCAAAUUUCAUUCACCCUCAACUGGACUCUGAGGAAGGUGAUCCGAAGCAAGGACACCGAAGACGAGGCGGAAAGUGGGAUGCUGACCCAUCACUGAUGGGAUCUCACUGACUUCUGUUGCCUCAUAUUCCUCAACGUCUCCAUGGAGAUCAUCCAGGCCACCCAGGUUUCCUUGCUGCCGCAGGAAGCCCCUACAGCUACCUGGAGCAACAACUCUGCCCCCCCCUACUCCCAUUUCCUGCUGCUCUCCACUCCCUCUGAACAGCUUCUAAGCUUCACUCCAACCAAUGUCUCUUUUCUCUUUAACGCCUGUCAGAACUGCACCGAACCGGAACCUGGAUCGCUCCCUGGUUUGGCUGGAAUCUUCAUUCCUCUUAUCUAUGGGAUAGUGUGUGUUGUUGGCCUGGUGGGAAACACUCUGGUUAUCCAUGUUAUAGUCAACUACACCAAAAAUGAAUCAGUCACCAACAUCUACAUCCUCAACUUAGCCAUUGCAGACGAGCUGUUCAUGCUGGGUCUGCCCUUCUUGGCGGUGCAGAACGCUCUGCUCUCCUGGCCCUUCGGCUCUCUAAUGUGCCGUGUGGUCAUGACAGUGGAUGCCAUCAACCAGUUUACCAGCAUCUUCUGCCUGACCGUGAUGUCAGUGGACCGCUACCUGGCCGUGGUGCACCCCAUCCGCUCCUCCUGGUGGCGGCGUCCCCACGUGGCCAAGGCCAUCAGUGCCACAGUUUGGGCUGUGUCCAUCUUGGUGGUGCUGCCGGUGGUGGUAUUUGCCGAUGUGCUGAAGGAUGACGGGAACUGCAGCAUUGUGUGGCCUGAGCCGGCAGAAGUUUGGAAGACAUCGUUCAUCAUGUACACAUGCACUGUGGGUUUCUUCUGCCCCCUGCUGGUCAUCUGCUUGUGCUACCUGCUGAUCGUUAUCAAGGUGCGAAGUGUUGGAAAACGGGCGCAGGCCACCUCCUCUCGACGCAGGAGGUCAGAGCGUAAAAUCACCAGGAUGGUAGUUGUUGUGGUGGCGGUGUUUGUCCUCUGCUGGCUACCGUUCUAUGCUCUCAACAUUGUCAACCUCCUGGUGGUCCUGCCAGGGGACUUCAGGGGGCUCUACGUUUUUGUUGUUGUCCUUUCAUAUGCGAACAGCUGCGCCAACCCCAUACUGUAUGGAUUUCUGUCUGACAACUUCAAGAGAGGCGUCAGGAAGGCCCUGUGCCGUACUUCACGGAGGGUGAAGAACAACAACAGGGCCGGCACUGAGGUACAGCGGCCCACAGAGGAGUGGGGCGGUAUUGUGCUUCAAACGCAGAAAAGUGAAGGAGGCACCAAUGUGACCAGGAAAGACUGUGAUAAAAACGAAGAAGAGGAGGAAAUCAAUGGAACAGAAGGGGCCGCACGGAUGAGUGAAAUAUGCAGAAUGCCAGAAAAUGGAAACCACAGUGGAGUAACACAGGGCUCAGGGACACAGGUCAUGCAGAGGGGUAAGCCUGAGCCGGAGCACUCUGGUCAGAGUGCCAAACAAGGAGAACUGACUGGAAAAGGCCCAGGCUUUGAGCCUGCCAAGGUAGUGUCCUCCACGGCCAGUAAACGUAGAGACAACAGGUCACAACCUGAGGCAUUCCUGGACAAAAACUCUAUACUUGAAACCAGCUAUUUGUAACAGAUGUGAACAUGUUUCCAGUGGAUUUUGGCACGUGGGGGAUUGAAAACUUUUUCUCAGAGGCAUCUGAAUCGGAUGUGAAUAUUACAAACAAGUGUGGACUGUGACAAUGACAGUCUUUUUGCCAUGGGACAAGAAUUUGAAAUUAAUGUAACUUUUGAGAAAAACAUAAAAGCAGACAUGAUGUUUACCAUGUUGGAUUGAAACCAAGGGACACCUGAAAGGUAGCCUUUUACUUUUACUGCUUUGGCUUUUACAACAGCCCACAAAGGCAAACUGUACUGUUUCCACAAACACAUCUCACAGUCUGUUGCUUAGUGCCUUUGUUGAGCUUCUGCGUACCAGCAUCUAACAUGGAUGCAGUUCAGUAACUGCAUUUCUUUUCUCUCUUCAUGGUCAACUGAAAAAAAACAUGCUUUAGCUUACUACCUGAGCUGUGCAAUAACAAUAGAUAAAAACAGUGCCAUUUACCCUCGAAAUGGGUUUAGGGGAGGUUUCAAGAAGAAACAGAUUUACCGUCUCUAUUUACUGUGAAGCUGUUUAACUUUGGACGUUUUCUCAUUUCAGUUGUUUUUUUCUAUCAAAUCUAAAAUCUGGUAGUGUGAACUGCGCACCCCAUGUAGAAAACAGAUUUCAUUAUGUGAACUUAAUCCUCUUACAUAUUAAAGGAAACAAGAAGACAUGCAGAUGAAGAGGAUAAGACAGAUUUAUAACCUUGAGACACUGGAAAAUCAUUGCAAAGAGGAGUGCUUCUGAUUAAUAGAGAGUUAUUUCUUUUUUAGCUAUUAGAUUCGAUUCUUACCCAAAAUGAUAUAAAAUACGUAUUUCUGUAGCAUAAUUCAAAAACUUUUGUCACCCUUAAGUGUCAGUUUUUGCAAAGAUAUUUUCUUCAGAGAGUCUCUGCCUUGCGCUGAUACUAAAACACUAUGCCGACAGACGACAUGUAAAAUCACCAGAUUGGUUAUGAUGGUUGAGAUAGUAGGGGUGUGUUCUGUAGUGUACUGUGAACUCUAUAUUUCACGCCUCAUUUGAGGCUCAUAGAUAUAAAUCAAAUCCCAGAUCCCAGACAGGUUAUUUUACAAGGCCAACUUGCCACAUAAUUGCUUUUUAAUCAGUCUGUUGUCUGUGUCCACAAAAGGUAAAAUGUUGGCAUUAAGAUGUUGUAUUGUCAGCCAUGUUCUGAGAGCUUUGGUGAAGUACUUAAGCAAAAACUUAUGCGUUGAGAGUGGCCUAAAUAAAUAUUUGAAGAUGAUAUUGUAUGUAAGUAUUUUGUACCACAGCAAAACCUGGUGUUG